UGACUGAUUUAUAUUGUCUGAUCUUUUUAAUUUAAAUUUUUACUUUUUAAUAGUGUUUUAUUAAUAAAAAUGAGAUGACAACCGCACAUGCCACUCUAGUUGCUUUAUCAUUGUUAAUUAAUAAUAUAACAUAUUUAUACGACAAAUCUGUGAUCGAAGAUACUCUUUGUAAAACAAAAUUAGUUUUCAUACUCAGUAUUUGUCUGUUUUUGUACGAAAUACCGAUUCUGCCGAGAUAUUUCUGGAACAAAAACACACCAAUAUCCUUUCUAAUAGAGGUAGCAAUAUCUUUAGCAGUUCUAGAAUAUUCUCUGAUAUACAUAUGGAAGUUUCUAGAAGACUAUGUCCUGCUGUACUCUGAUGACAUUUUAGUACAGUUAGCUAACUUCCCCAGCUUGGAAUGGGUGUACUGUAACGUGUGCUGUGGCAAGAGUGACUGCUCUGUGACGUUCGCACAAUUGCUAUUGAAGUCGUUAAGUUUUAUGCUCAUGAUGGCUAUCUGUGUUAUUUCUUUUUCUAAAUAAAUCAUCCUAAUUACUCUAAUAUUCGUGA